UCUCGCAUUCGCUUCAACCCUGCUGCACUUCAUUUUACUCCGUCUUGUGUGCCCAAAGCCGGUUACCAACAGCUUAACAUCCUCUCUCGACUUGCCUGUCAGCACCUUGAUUGGCUUUUGACAACUUACGCUUAUCGCUGUGUGCUGUGAGUAGUUGGAGCCUAUGCAUACUUUCCCACUUCUCUCUCUGUUUGACGGACAUUGGGGGGAUCCAGGAUGCUGCCAGCACUGUCGGGGAAUUACACCAGAUAGCAGCGGGAUUGCGGACCCCACGUUGUACCAUAUGCCUUGCUAUUGCAAUUCGUUGCUUGAUGAACUGCGUCUUACCAUGACCAAGCUGGUAGCUAACCAAGCCCGUUGGCACCACAGUUGCCACUACAUCUGUAGUUUUCCAGCUCAAACGCGGCCACGUCCUGUUCGACCAAGUCACUUGAAAGAGAGGGGUUUGUUAUUCCCUCAGCGUCGGCUUGAACUAUCCUAUCGCAGUGCAUUUGUUUCUGGACCUCGAGCAGAUACAAAUUGCCGCUUUGCUCGCGCUCAGUCGACACUCCAUCGAAACCUCGAGGCCCUUCUCUAUGUUCCAUAUUGUCUACCAGUCUCUCUAUCUCUGACCAAGCUUUCUUUUCUUGAAUAAGAAAGCCACUCAGAUCCUCUGAUUACUACCUUUCCCCUAACUGGCAACUUUAUCUAAACGUUUCUCAAAGACAUCAUGGUUGUCAGUGCAUCCGUGUCCGGCACAGGAGCCGUC